AUGAGAGAACCUGAGAAAUUGCUGGUUCCAGCGACAUGGCUAAAAUGCACCAAGAAAGUCGUGAUCAUUGGGAAAUAUGGGACCUGCUCUGGUCCUUCCCUCCAGAAAAUAGUGAAGAAAAUUGAAAUCACCCAGCAUGCCAAGUACACUUGCUUCUUCUGUGGAAAGACCAAGAUGAAGAGACAAGCUCUUGGCAUCUGGCUCUCUGUUCCUGGAUGAAAACAGUGGCUUAGAGCUACAGCUUCUGUCACAGUCAAGUCUGCCAUCACAAGACUGGAGGAACUGAAAGACCAUAGAUGUGCUGCCAUUUGA